UAUUAAAACUCUUUGACUUCUAUAUGUCUACAAAUGAGUUAGUAAACAAAAAAAUUCACAUGUUCUAAAAGUGAGAAAAGUUUUACCCAUCACUCAGCUCUUGUUAGGCUUCAACGAUUUCACACAGCGAAGAUGCCAUUCUCAUGUUCUGAAUGCGGGAAAUGUUGUAGCUGGUAUUCACACCUUGUUGUACAUCAGAGAACUCACACCGGAGAGAAGCCGUUCUCAUGUUCUGAAUGUGGGAAAUGUUUUGUAACUAAAUCAAACCUUAUUUCACAUCAGAGAACUCACACAGGAGAGAAGCCGUUCUCAUGUGCUGAAUGUGGGAAGUGUUUUGGAAUUAAAGCAAACCUUGUUGGACAUCAGAUAAUUCACACUGGAGAGAAGCUGUUCCCCUGUUCUGAAUGUGGGAAAUGUUUAGGAACUAAACCACGACUUAUUUCACAUUUGAAAACUCACACAGGAGAGAAGCCGUUCUCAUGUUCUGAAUGUGGGAAAUGUUUUGGAGCUAAAUCACAACUUAUUUCACAUCAAAGAACUCACACAGGAGAGAAGCCGUUCUCAUGUUCUGAAUGUGGGAAAUAUUUUGGAACUAAAUCAGCUCUUGAUAUGCAUCAGACAAUUCACACAGGAGAGAAGCCGUUCUCAUGUUCUGAGUGUGGGAAAUGUUUUGUCAAUAAUACAAGGCUUGUUAAACAUCAGAGAACUCACACAGGAGAGAAGCCGUUCCCCUGUUCUGAAUGUGGGAAAUGUUUUGGAAUUAAAUCAGAUCUUACAAACCAUCAGAGAGAUCACACAGGAGAGAAGCCGUUCUCAUGUUCUGAAUGUGGGAAAUGUUUUGGAACUAAAUCACAACUUAUUUUACAUCAGAGAACUCACACAGGAGAGAAGCCGUUCUCAUGCUCUGAAUGUGGGAGAUGUAUUAGAACUAAAUCAGAUCUUAUUUCACAUCAGAGAACUCACACAGGAGAGAAGCCGUUCUCAUGCUCUGAAUGUGGGAAGUGUAUUAGAACUAAAUCAGAUCUUAUUUCACAUCAGAGAACUCACACAGGAGAGAAGCCGUUCUCAUGUGCUGAAUGUGGGAAGUGUUUUGGAACUAAAGCAAACCUUGUUGUACAUCAGAUAACUCACACAGGAGAGAAGCCGUUCUCAUGUUCUGAAUGUGGCAAAUGUUUUGGAACUAAAUCAAAACUUAUUUUACAUCAAAGAACUCACACAGGAGAGAAGCCGUUCUCAUGUUCUGAAUGUGGGAAAUGUUUUGGAAUUAAAUCAACCCUUGUUAAACAUCAAAGAACUCACACAGGAGAGAAGCCGUUCUCAUGUUCUGAAUGUGGCAAAUGUUUUGGAACUAAAUCAAAACUUAUUUUACAUCAAAGAACUCACACAGGAGAGAAGCCGUUCUCAUGUUCUGAAUGUGGGAAAUGUUUUGGAAUUAAAUCAACCCUUGUUAAACAUCAAAGAACUCACACAGGAGAGAAGCCGUUCUCAUGUUCUGAAUGUGGGAAAUGUUUUGGAACUAAAUCAGCUCUUAAUAUGCACCAGAGAAUUCACACAGGAGAGAAGCCGUUCUCCUGUUCUGAAUGUGGGAAAUAUUUUGGAACUAAAUCACAACUUGUUCAUCAUCAGAGAACUCACGCAGGAUAGAAGCCGUUCUAAAUGUGGGACAUACUGAUUUAAAAAUAAGUAAAAAAUUGUUUAAUUCUUUAUUUUUUAAGUG